AUGGGCUUCCACACGAGUGCUCUCGAACAAUGGUUCUCUGCUAAAUCACACCACAGAUCACAUAUUUGGAGACAUCUGGACAACAUUGAUGAGAGCAACAUGCCCAAAGACACGCCCCCCUCAGCUCGCCCAGAGAUCCCCCCAAAGCCUCUGGCCCCACACUCCCCUCCUCUGGGGGAGAGAGGCAGCCCUGCCAGGCGCUCUGGAGGCAUGGUGCAGAGUAUAGUGACCAAAUUCAGCAAAAAGGAGCCAGACCCCACUGUAGCGAGCAACAAAAACACCAAUGGCACCAGCGAGCCGAUAUACAGAAAGAUUUCAAGACCUCCAUCUGUAAAACCAAAACCUGGACGCCUGAGUUUGCCUCUACUGCCCCCUCCACUGCCCAAGAAGAGAAGCCAAUUUCUAAGAAAACAAGAAAGCGUAGGAGGUAAUGAGUCAGAGCCGGGUGGUAAAGAAGGAGGAGGAGAUGUAUAUUCAGAGCUCAGUCCCUGCUGUGACCCACACUGCGCCUGUGUGUGUCACAUGCAGCGGCCUGGCAUGAUGCUCACCUGGGUCCCUGUGAAGAAGGAAGAGUACCGUGACGAUGAGAAUGAUUUUGCUCCGCAUCUGGAGCCUCCCACCGUCCCGCCUCGUCCGCCCAUUCCCCCCCGCACACAAAUCAAGACGUCAUCACACCCAUCCAGAGGCACGAGUCCCCAAAGAAUCACCACUCCCCCCAAAAGCCCCUCUCUGCCCGACAGAGAGCAGUCUUUGAGACUAAAAGAAGAACCUUUAUAUCAGACGUACCGUGACAGUGUCAUCACUAAAGAGAUCAAGCGUCAAACGGUCUGUCGGAACAUCAGCAAAGCUAGUGUAGACUUCACCAUGGAAAGAGGUCUGCCGGGAACUGCAUCCAAAAACAGGUCCAGUCCGGUGCCCACAGCGGCCCAGAGCACUCUGUGGCAGGACCUCCAGGCAGUACGGGACAGCGGGGAGCUGGAGAAACUCAGCCCUGAACAGUGCAAAUACCAGGAGAGCAUGUUUGAAGUCCUGACAUCGGAAUCAUCCUAUCUUCGGUCACUGCGUGUAUUGACUGAACACUUUAUGGAAAACCGAGACUUGGAGGAAACACUAAUUAUAAGGGAUAGGAAGGUUCUUUUUUCCAACAUUCUCCGGAUUCGAGAGGUCAGCGAGAGGUUCCUGACAGACCUGGAAGAUCGCAUAUUUGAGAAAAUUGUCUUUUCAGAUAUUUGUGACAUCAUUCACUACCACACACAGCACAACUUCCCUGCCUAUGUUGACUAUGUUCGCAACCAGAUUUUCCAAGAGCAGACCUACACCAAUCUGAUAAAGAACAAUGUCCAGUUCACUGCGGUUAUUACCCGUCUUCAGGAGUCCCCUCAGUGCCAGCGUCUUCCCUUCAUGUCCUUCAUGUUGCUGCCAUUUCAGAGGAUCACGCGACUCAAAAUGCUCAUUGAAAAUAUCCUAAGAAGAACAAAGGAGAAAACAAUAGAGGAGGAGACUGCCUCCAAAGCUUUGUCUUCUGUGUCGAAGAUCAUUGACAAGUGCAACACAGAAGUUGGUAAAAUGAAACAAACAGAGCAGCUGAUACAUAUCUCAAAGACUCUGGAGUUCGAGAAGCUAAAGGCUGUCCCCAUCAUCUCCCCCACACGCUGUCUGGAGAAGAAAGGUGAGCUCCAGGAAAUGUCCCGAGGAGCAACUAUUUUCAACAUGCGGGCCAAGUUCACUCCUGUCUACCUGUUCCUUUUCAAUGACCUCCUCCUGAUUACAGUCAAAAAAAGUUCGAAGCGCUCUGUGGUGACGGACUACGCCCAUCGCUCCUUGGUUCAGGUGCAGGCCUUGGAUGAGGGCAGUUCCACCAGUGCCAUCUAUGAGAACUGCUUCAAUCUCUUACUACUGGAAAAUAACCAGAAACGUCAGAUGGAGCGGCUGCUGAAAGCUCCAACACGUUCAGACAUGGAGAGGUGGAUGGCAGCGUUCCCCAGUCCCACAAAACCAGACGAGGACGAUAAUGAAGUUGUCUAUGCAGACUGGGACUGUCCACAGGUGCAGUGUAUAGAGCAGUACGUCGCGCAGCAGGCCGACGAAAUCUCCCUGGAGCCCACCGAAAUCAUCAAUGUUGUCAAGAAAGGCAGUGAAGGCCUGUACCAGGGGGUUCGGCUCUCCGACGGCCAGAGGGGCUGGUUCCCCGCGGAAAACGUCAUCGAGAUCACCAACGAGCACGUGCGGCGGCGCAACCUACGGGAACGCUACCGAGUCAUGCAAGCGGCGAGCAACUUGACCAACACCAGGAGCCGAACGGGAAACUAA